UAGAAUUUACUACUGCUAAAGUCCUAAAAGUUACAAAUUUAUAAUAUCAAUUUUUAUGUACAUAAAAGUGAUCCGUGUAUGACAAUUGCGUUGCGUUGCUGCGUUGUUCUGUAUGUAUGUUGGGCAAAUAUAGCUUGUGGUGAGUGUAGAGUAAUGUGAAAUGCGGUAAAGAAGUCUGAACUUUCUCCACAACUGGUGCUGUCACUUCUGUUGAAAUUCUACUAAGAAAUUAUUAAAUAUAAUAUAGUUAACUAUAUAUCAUAAAAAUAACCCAAAUUUUAAUCUAUAUCAAAGACACUGUACAGGUGCAUUGUGCACCGAUUAUUAAAUGAAGUAAAAACAAAUCGCUGUGCAAGUAUUAAAUCGUGGAAACGUCGACUUGGACUUAUUUUUAAUACAUUAUAUAUUUUACUUAAUACAUUACUUCAAAAUGUUUGAGGGGAUGUCAGAUUUGGAUUCGAUUGCCAAUGUCAUAUGGUUUUCACCAUCAAAUCCACUUAAUACGUUUCUUGAAAUGUGGUACCACGUAUUCCUUUGGGCGUUUUUCUCUUGCGUUCUAAUUCACACUAUUGCUGCUCUAAUAGCAUUCGCAACGCUUAGGAAACACAGGGUUGGGAGAUUUUUUCCUGUAGUCGUCCUUAUCAUGGGAGUAUUCACGCCAGCGACCUCUGGGUUAAUCACGAGUGCCGUUAUUGCAUUUGUUUAUAAGGCCAGCGCCCUGCAAAUGUCUCCAUUUUAUGCAUUUCUUUAUGGGGUUGGUCAAACCGCUGUUGCUGCGGCCUUUUCGUUCACCAGAAUAUUAGCAACAUUAUAAUAAUUGGUUUAGCAUGCAAAUGUUUUUAUGGUGUAUGUACAUACAUAUAUUUCUAUAUUUUUAUUUCAUAUUUGUCUAGUCAUACCUUUGUUUAUUAAGUACUGAUAUUUACAAGUCUAACUAAUAAAUCGUUCAUAGUCGAUA